AGUAUUUACUAGACAAAUGCAGUGAGUUCUCUCUGAAAAAGACUAGAACAAAUAUCUCUCAGCACACUUCCAUCUGAUAAGACAGCAGAAAAGGUUUAGUAUGUGGCUCAAUACCGUGAUUCACCUACUUAAAGGGAGAGUGCACAACCUUGUUUAAAUUUUUGUGGUGGCAAUAGCAGUUACUCACCCACAUUAAUAUGUGAAUCUUAUCUGGAGUGUGAGUGUGGGUCUGUGAUAAGAGUUAGGUACCGGCUAAUCUCCAACUGUCGGCCAUAUGGGGACACAUAGAAGGUUUCGAUUCGCUUUCAAUAAGCUGAAAUACUAGCACGUUCCCGGCAGUCGAACAUUACUUUAGUCACAGCGAUUUAGCCAUGAGCAGCGCCAACCACUUUCAGUACGAUGCGGAGGCGGACAAGAGCUUUGCCUUCGAUGACCAGAGCAUCCGGAAGGGCUUCAUUCGGAAGGUCUACCUGAUAUUGAUGUGCCAAUUGCUAAUCACUUUCGGUUUUGUAAGUGUGUUCACCUUCUCGAAGGCCUCUCAGGAAUGGGUGCAGAAAAAUCCGGCUCUUUUUUGGAUAGCACUCGUUGUUCUUAUCGUGACGAUGAUAUCCAUGGCCUGCUGCGAAGGUGUUCGUCGUAAAACGCCUCUGAACUUUAUCUUCCUCUUCCUGUUCACGGUGGCAGAGUCCUUUCUCCUGGGAAUGGUCGCCGGACAGUAUGAGGCCUAUGAGGUCCUGAUGGCUGUGGGAAUUACGGCGGCAGUGGCGUUGGGUCUCACCCUGUUUGCCCUGCAGACCAAGUACGACUUUACAAUGUGCGGCGGAGUCCUAGUCGCCUGUCUGGUGGUCUUCAUCGUUUUCGGAAUCAUUGCUAUCUGCUUCCCUGGCAAGGUGAUCGGACUGGUCUAUGCCUCCCUCGGGGCGGUGCUUUUCUCCGUCUACUUGGUGUACGACACCCAAUUGAUGUUGGGUGGCAAUCAUAAGUACUCCAUCAGUCCGGAGGAGUACAUCUUCGCCGCCCUCAACCUCUAUCUGGACAUCAUCAACAUCUUCAUGUACAUACUGACCAUCAUCGGAUUGUCUCGCAGUUAGACAAGUUUGGAUGAUACAUAAUUCCCAUUUCAGUUUUAGAGAUAUUUAUAAUAAUUAUAUGUGUCCAGUACCACCUGAGCCACGAAGAAAUACAGACCGACUAACUGUAGCUAACCCUACGAAAUAGAGA